UACUACGCGCAUCCCACUGCAUGCAGUUUCACUGAUUUCCAAGAACCACUUGAGCCGUUUUAUCAUUUGCAUCUGGCAUUUCCGUUCCUCUAGAGCAAGCCUCACGCGUUGCCUCCUUUGUCGAUCACUAUACAGAAACAGCGUCCUCGUGAACAGGCCUGGCAGCCACAUCCCACGUCACAACGUCAUAGCCCUUCAAGGACGUUGUUCAACUUCACACUCGAACUUCUCUCCCAAGCGCACACUCUUGUGAAGCAGUCGCACUGUAAACAAACAACGUCUUUAUCCGCAGUCAGCUAUAUUGCUAUUGCGCAGAGCUUGCAAAAAUCCGAGACACGAAAUACACCUAUCGAACCUACAAAAUAACGAGCUCACCGCUUCAUAAAAUUCCGCCUACGCACUGAAGAAGUCAGCUUCCUAUCAUGGCAUUCAAGUUCCUAUCUCGUAGAUCGCUGAAGGGCGAGAAAGCCACCCUUGGCACCUCAUUCUGGUCACACUUCUCGGUGGAUGGAGCCAUUCUGAUUUUCUUGCGCUUCUUCCAGUUCGUCUUGGGUAUAACCGUCAUCGGUCUUUACGCUGUCGACUUGGAUAAUGCACGCAAAGCUGGAAAAUACACCGACUCGAAAUGGGUCUGGGCCGUUGUGUGCGGUACUCUGGGUGCCGUCAUGGCGCUUGCCGCGAUGGUACCAUACCUGAUGAAGAGCUGGUACUUCUUCUUCGUCGACUUUCUCGUUUUUGUUUGUUACCUCGUCGCAUUUGGCAUCUUCGGCAAGAUGUACAUCCCUGAAGACGCCGAAGGCAACAAAGGCAUAAUCCGGAUGAAGAACGCCGUUUGGGUGUUGUUGGCCAACAUGCUUCUGUGGUUUAUCACCUCAGUUUGGAAUGGUUUCAAGUUCUGGAAGCACCGUCAUGCACGUACUACACACACUGGACGCGCUCAAACGCACGUCUAAGUGUUCUUCCUUGACUUCAAGAGAGAGUGUAUGACAUGCUUGCUGACAGAAGGUUGCGCAGAGCAUUAUAUUCGAGGUACAUAUCGACAUCUCUCCUUGGCCUUCUCCAGAGAAGCAAUAUCCGACGGUCUUUACAACAGCCCCG